AUGCCUCCCCAGCCCACCAAAUUCCCCAAACCAAUCCCCCUCGAAGUAACCGUCUACGGCCCCCACAACGCCAUCAAAGCCGCCAGCUUCGGCGCAAAGCGUCUCCUUCUCUGCCGCAAGGACUCUUCAUCUGAGGGCGGCCUCACCCCCAAAGUCGAAGAACUCAAGUAUCUCAAAGACCAGGUCCAUAUUCCCGUCAGCUGCGUCAUUCGACCUCGCGGAGCUCCCAACCCUGACCUUCCUGGUGAAUCACACGAUUACAUCUACAGCCAGAAUGAACUCGCCCAGAUGAGCCAGGAUAUUCGUGAGCUCAAGGAAGCUGGCGUCAUGAAUCCCAUCCGUGGUGAUUCUUUUGUCUUUGGAUGCGUAAAACGUCACCUAGAAGGCUCGAAUUCCGUUACCCAUAACAAAAUCGUCGUUGAUCGAAACUACUGCCACUUUCUCAUCCAGGAGGCCAAACCAUUCGGAUGUAUCUUCAACCGAGCCUUUGACGAGUUUGCCGAGCGAGAAGACUGGGAUAAAGUCAUUCCCGAACUUGUCACUCUCGGCUUCAGCGGUUUCAUGACAGCUGGAGGACCAGGAGACUUUGACGAUCACAUUGACCGUCUCGGUGCCAUGUGCCACCACAUCAGACACAUCCAGCUCAUUGUCGCGGGUGGAGUUUUCUGCCCCGAGAUCAAGAAGCUUCGGCAGCGUGCGCACGACUACAACGCUCACUCGAUCUAG